GAUUUUUCUUACUUUUAUAUCAUCUUUUCAAUAAAUAAGACUAUUGUGGGUUUGGUAUGAAUAGUAAGACAAGUUUCCUUGCCGUUCCAAAAAGGGCCAAACCAAACCCUACUACUUUUUUCUUCAGCUAAAAGUUUUGAUCAGAAAGAGGGCAUAUGCAUUCAUGGCCUCCUCCUCACAAAAAACCCCACCAGAAGAAGAAGAAAAGGAUAGAGACUGGCUGGAGCUAGGGUUGGGGUUUGGUGCUGCAUGUGGGAAACAACAACAUCAAGAAGAAGAAUGUGUUUUACCAAACCCAUUUCCAGUUCCAUCUGUAGUCUCUGUAUCUCCUUCCUCUUCACAACUUCAAGCUCAUCAAACAGAGCUAGGUUUAGGUUUACGUUUAGCGUUAGGACUAGGGUUAGAUAAUGAUGAUCAUAGGGAAAUAGAUCAUCAUAUGGCAGUACCAUUUAGUAAUCAUCAUAGGUUAUGGAAAAAUCAAGAUGAUCAUACUGAUCAUGAUCUAGCAUCAUGGCCUUCAGAUGGCAUUCCUGGCUUGCAUGAUGACUGGCAACUGCAGGUUCCCAAUUACCUCCAUGACAAUCACUCAACAUCAGGAAGAUGCAGACCCCACCCUGCAGGCCUUUGGUUCACCCUGCAGUCUUACACCAAUCAGAAGGGAGAAAAACUGCCUCAAAUUCCAAAGGCGUACAUUAGAGUGAAGGACGAGAACUUGACGGUUUUAAUGGUUAAAAAGUACCUGGUUACAAAGCUUGGUCUCUCCAACGAAGCUGAGAUCUCAGUGCAUGACAAGUUCUAUCAUUUCAUAAAGUUGUGCCAUCUGUAUGUUUGACCUUUUCUCCUUGGUCUUGCAUCUGUAAUGAAUUGUUAGGGUUUCA